GUGAGGAACGGGACGCUGAGCAUUGCCGUCGUGGAGCGCGCCAGCGCGGGCACCUACACCUGCCAUGCUUCCAGCAAGGAGGGCACCAUCACCCACACCACCCGCGUGCUUGUGCAGGGGCCACCCGUCAUUGUGGUGCCACCCCAGAACGUCACCGUCAACGUCUCCCAAGAUGCCUUUCUGGCGUGCCAGGCUGAGGCGUACCCGGGAAAUCUCACCUACACCUGGUUCCAGGGCAGCAGCAAUGUCUUCCAUCUCAGCCGCCUCCAGGCUCGGGUCCGCGUCCUCGUGGACGGGAGUCUCUUGCUCCAGCAAACGACCCCGGAUGACACCGGCAAAUACACCUGCAUCCCCAGCAAUGGGCUGUGGAAGCCGCCUUCUGCCUCGGCCUUCGUCACAGUGCUGUAUCCGGCGCAGGUGACCACCAUGCUCCCAGAGACCCACCUGCCCAAGGGGAUGCAGGGUGUGAUCCGAUGCCCCACCAGGGCCAACCCCCCUCUGCUCUCCGUCAGCUGGACAAAGGACGGGCGACCGCUGGAGCUGGACAAGCUCCCUGGCUGGUCCAUGAGACCAGACGGCUCCAUUGUCGUUGCGACGGGGAAUGACGAUGCGCUGGGAGUGUACACGUGUACCCCAUACAACAGCUACGGCACCACCGGCGAGUCCAGGCCCACACGUGUCCUACUGAAGGACCCCCCUGCCUUCACGGUGCGCCCCAAGGAGGAAUACUUCCAGGAGGUGGGCCGGGAGCUGGUGAUCCCCUGCGCAGCCCGUGGGGAUCCCCCACCCACCAUCACCUGGCUGAAGGUGGGCAGCGCGGGGAAGAGUGGUGCUCAGGUGGACGGGAACCGCCCGCUUGUCAAGGAGCAGCAUGGGGUCUGGGAGUGCACGGCCACCAACCAGGUGGCCAGCGUCAGCACCGCCACCUCCGUCCAUGUGCUGGGUGAGUCGCCAGUCCCUGGUGGGCAGGCAUCGUGGGAGCCAGGGUUUGAUGGAGGUUAUUUCCAGAGGUUCAGCGUCUGGUACACGCCGCUGGUGAAGCAUCCGCCCCGGGCCCACCAUGACUGGGUGUCGCUCUCGGUGCCGGUGGGGGCUCAGCACCUCUUGGUGGAGAAUCUGCAGCCAGACAUGAGCUACCAGUUCAGCGUCCUGGCCCAGAACAAGCUGGGCAGCGGCCCCUUCAGCCAGAUUGUCACCUCCAUGCCCAGGGGCUUCCCAGUGACCACAGUGCCUCCAGAGCCGCCAGCCAUGACCAUGCGCAUCUUCCUGUCCCCGCCGCAGGCUCUGACCGCCAACGAGACUGUGCGUGGGGUUCUGCUGCAGUGGGAGCCCCCGGCUCAGUUCUCGGUGGGACUGAGCGGCUACGCGCUGGAGCUGCGGCACGACAAGGGCGGCUGGGAGGUCCUGGACCGCUCCAUCCCCAGCACGAAGACCCAGGUCCUGGUGCCAGGACUCAUCAAGGACGCCUUCUAUGAGUUCCGACUAGUGGCCUUUGCUGGCAGCUACAUCAGCGAUCCCAGCAAUACGGUGAACGUCUCCACAGCAGGCAUGGAGGUGUAUCCAUCUCGCACCCAGCUGCCGGAGCUCCUGCCGCAGCCGGUGCUGGCUGGGGGCAUUGGGGGGAUCUGCUUCCUCAGCGUUGCUGUCAUCUUCAGCACCUUGGCUGCCUGCAUCAUGAACCGCCGGCGUGCCGCCCGCAUCCAGAAGCGAAGGCAAGAUCCACCACUCGUCUUCUCCCCCAGCAAGAAGCUUCCACCUCCACACAAUUCUCGUGGCCCUGGUAGCCCAGACAGCACCGUGAAGCUGAAGUUGCAGCCCUCUCCCUACCAGAGCCUGCGCCGGACACU